UUCCUACACCGACUGUGAUGGUAACCAAAGCAAAUCCGAAUCAUGGUCAUCCAUCCACCAUCUGCAGCACAUGGGGAAAUUUCCACUUCAAGACAUUUGACGGUCAUUUCUUUCAAAUGGCUGACACGUGUAACUAUGUUCUGGCUUUGAUGUGCGACACCGCUGCUAGUGAUUUUAACAUCCAGAUGCAAAGGAAGAUCGUCAAUGGCUCAGUCACUUUUCAAUCAGUCACAAUAGAGAUGGAGGGGGGAGUCAUCAAACUAAGUGAUGGAAACAUUACCAUGGACAACAAAGUGUUAUCUAUUCCAACCUCCAAGAGCGGAAUCAAAUUUGAGGGAAGCUCAUCAAGUGUCAAGAUCUCUUACAAACAUGUCACUGUCUUUUGGGAAGAAGAGCAGUCUCUACUGAUUGAACUUCAAGAGAAAUACAGAGGUCAGACCUGCGGACUUUGUGGAAACUUUAAUGGCAACCCGGCUGAUGACAUUAGUAACGAUCUGGCCAGAUGGAAGGUGUCUACUGAAUCCUGUCAUGACAUCACACUUCCCCAUAUAAAUGAGUGUGAAAACCAGGGACACAUCUGUCAGCAGUAUCUCAGUGGUUCAGCGUUCGACGACUGCCGCCAUUUGUUGGAUAUGAUGUCAUUUGAAAAAGCCUGCGCAGACGAUCUAUGUCAAUGUCACGGCAACCAGGAGUGCUUCUGCAACACGCUCACAGAAAUAUCACGACAGUGCGCACACGCUGGUGGCAAGCCGGGGACAUGGAGAACAGACCAACUCUGCCCAAAGAAAUGUCAACUGAACAUGGUCUACAUGGAGUGUGGAGGUCCGUGCAAAAACACCUGCUCAGAUCCAGAUGGAAGCCGGUUGUGUACAGAUCACUGUGUAGAUGGCUGUUUCUGCCCUGACGGCAUGGUGGAAGACAACAUUGGCAAUAGUGGUUGCGUUCAUAUUAGCGAUUGUCCAUGUGUGCACGAGGGCACAUUAUACCAGACAGGAGAGUCAUACGAACAUGCAUGUAAAUCAUGCGUGUGUGCUGCUGGAUACUGGACUUGUACGGAUCUAGAAUGUCCUGGAAUCUGCUCUGUUGUGGGAGGCUCUCACAUCACCACAUAUGAUGGAAAAACCUUCAGCUUUAAUGGCAACUGUGACUACAUCCUUACUAAGCACUCUAAUGACAGCGAUAUAGCAGUUAUCGGAAAUCUGGCGUCGUGUGAUUUGAUGCGAACAGGCACAUGCCUAAAUUCUGUUACCCUUGUCAUCUCCGGGUAUACUAUUAGUAUUUCCUCCAGUGGGACUGUCACACUAAAUGGAAACACUCCAUAUGGUCUUCCAAUUUUCACAGAGAAUGUAGUCAUCUUCCAGCCCACCUCUUCCUUUAUUAUCGCUGAUAUGAAGGGUCUUCGUCUAGAGAUGCAACUGACUCCAAUCAUGCAGUUGUACAUUGUAGCCAGCACUACAGAGAAAGGCAAAUUAAGUGGUCUGUGUGGGAACUAUAACGAUAUCCAAAAAGAUGAUUUUAAAAUACAAUCGGGCAUCAUAGAGGGAACCCCAACAACUUUUGUCAACGUUUGGAAGAAAAACCCAUUCAGUUGUCCAGACAUUGAUAACACAUUUGACAACCCCUGCAGUCUGAGCAUGGACACAGAGAAACUUGCAAGGGACUGGUGCUCCCGUCUAACAAACCCAAAUGGAACCGUCUCCUCGUGUCAUUCAGAAAUAAGUCCUGAGACUUAUUAUCAAAGAUGUGUUCAUGACACCUGUAAGUGUGCUGAUAUCAGUAAGUGUAUGUGUGCAGCGCUCUCUUCCUACGCACACGCCUGUGCCGCGAGAGGGAUCAUCCUCCAGGGCUGGCUGGAUUCAUACCCCUGUGUAUCUGAAUGUUCAAACAACAUGAAGUAUUCCUACAGCGUGACCAGAUGUGACAACACCUGUCGUUCUCUCAGUGGAAAGGAUGACUCCUGCAAAGCAUCAUUCACACCUGUAGAAGGGUGUGUUUGUCCUGAGGGCACCCAUCUCAAUGAUGCAGGUCUCUGCGUGCAUGCAGACCACUGCCCCUGUUACUAUGACAACCAGGUCAUAGACCCAUCGGGAACAAUUAACAGAGAUGGUUUCAAAUGCACCUGCUCUCUUGGCAAAUUACAAUGCGCCAGUCACAAAGAUUGUCAGGCUCCAAUGGUCUUCUUCAACUGCUCUAAUGAACCUGGACAAAAAGGAACAGAGUGUCAGAGAACGUGUCAGAACCAAGACCCUGACAAAUGUGUGAGCACAGGGUGUGUAUCAGGGUGUAUAUGCCCAGAUGGUUUUCUGGCUGAUGGUAAAGGUGGCUGUGUGGAGAAGAAAAACUGCCCAUGUGCCCAUAAUGGAGUCAACUACUACCCUGGGGAUCAAGUUCAUCAAGACUGCAACAACUGCACAUGCAAAGAUGGGAUGUGGAAGUGUACAGAAAAAGAAUGUUACGGCACCUGUACCAUCUAUGGGGAAGGGCAUUUUAGGACUUUUGAUGGCAAAAGAUAUUCUUUCUACGGAGCUUGUGAAUACAUCUUAUCCCAGGAUAACUGUGAUACGCAGAGCAGUAGCUCAUUCCGCCUUGUUACGGAAAACAUCCCAUGUGGCACCACUAACUCCAUUUGCUCCAAAUCCAUCAAUCUCUUUUUUGGGAGAUACAAGGUCAUCUUAUCUGAGGAUGAUGAGAUCAAAGUUGUUGAAGGCAAUGGAACCGAAUACAGAUAUCAAAUCUAUUCUGCUGGAAUAUACACUGUCAUAGAGGUCAGAAUGCUUUUAAACUUAAUCUGGGACGGCAAAACAAGUCUGAUGCUCCAACUGCAUCCAAACUUAAAGGACAAGGUUUGUGGACUGUGUGGAAACUUUGACGGUAACGCAAAUAACGACUUUGUGAAGCACGAUGGACAAGAGGUCACAGAUGCAGUGGUGUUUGGAAAUAGCUGGAAACUGAAGUCCGACUGCCCAGAAAACAGCUUGAUGAAUCCUUGUGAGAAAAACCCACACCGGAGUGCCUGGGCCAUCAAACAAUGCAGUAUCAUUACAAGCAACGACUUCAAAGAUUGCCAUUCACUAGUGGACUCUGCCCCAUACUAUGAUGCAUGUGUGAAGGACACCUGUGCAUGUGAUACUGGAGGGGACUGUGAUUGUUUCUGUACCGCAGUUUCAGCUUAUGCUGCUGCGUGCCGGGAAAGGGGGGCUUGUGUGGCAUGGCGUCGCCCAAAUGUUUGCCCUUUAUUCUGUGACUACUACAACGCUCCCGGAGAAUGUGUGUGGCAAUAUAAACCCUGUAGCUCAACCUGCAUGAAAACCUGCACAAAUAGAGAAGGAAAAUGCUCCAGCAAUGCUGAGCAAAUACCUCCCCUUGAAGUGCCCUCCAGAGACACCAUACUUGAGGGAGGAGACGAAGAAGUGUGUUCGAACAUCUACUGUGAUACCACCAACAACAACAGAGACACCAACAAUCACAACUACUACUGUAACACCACCCACAACGACAGAGACACCAACAACCACUUCUACCACAACUACUAUAAAACCACCGCCCACAACAACAGAGACACCUAUAACUAUGUCUACCACUACAACUAUUUAGGACAAAGAGUAAACUGCAAUACAUCUUUUGGACUGUCAUGUUCAAAUGAAGAAAACGCAGAUCUUCUGCCACCUUUUUGUUACAAUUAUGAAAUUAGUGUAAAAUGUUGCAAAAACAAAACAACCCAAAGUACAUCAACGCCAACACCUACAACAACUACUGUAAAACCACCACCCACAACAACAGAAAUACCGACUAUCACAGCAACUACUGUAACACAAACACCAACAACAACAGAGACACCAACAACCAAAACUACUACUGUAAUACCACCCACAACAACAGAAACACCAACUAUCACAGCAACUACUGCAACACAACCACCCACAAGAACAGAGACACCGACAACCACAACUACGCCUAUAAUACUACCCACAACAACAGAGACACCUUCAACCACAACAGCUACUGUAACACCACCACCAACGACAAGAGAGACACCUACAACCACAACUACUACUGUAAUACCACCACCCACAACAACAGAGACAACCACAACUACUACUAUAAUACCGCCUACAACAACAGAGACACCUUCAAAUACAACACCUACUGUAACACCACCCACAACAACAGAGACAACCACAACCACAACUACUGUAAUAUCACCCACACCAACAGAGACACUUUCCACCACAACUACUGAAAUAUCACCCACACCAACAGAGACACCUUCAACCACAACUUCUGUAAUAUCACCCACACCAACAGAGACACCUUCCACCACAACUACUGAAAUAUCACCCACACCAACAGAGACACCUUCAACCACAACUUCUGCAAUAUCACCCACACCAACAGAGACACCUUCAACCACAACUACUACUGUAAUACCACCACCCACAACAACAGAGACAACCACAACUACUACUAUAAUACCACCUACAACAACAGAGACACCUUCAAUUACAACACCUACUGUAACACCACUCACAACAACAGAGACAACGACAACCACAACUACUGUAAUAUCACCCACACCAACAGAGACACCUUCCACCACAACUACUGAAAUAUCACCCACACCAACAGAGACACCUUCCACCACAACUACUGAAAUAUCACCCACACCAACAGAGACACCUUCAACCACAACUUCUGUAAUAUCACCCACACCAACAGAGACACCUUCAACCACAGUUACUAAUGUAGCACCACCACCCACAACAACGACUAUAAUACCACCCACAACUACAGAGACAUCUAUAACCACUUCUACCACAACUACUGUAAUACCACUCACAACAACCGAGAAUCCUACGACCACAAUUACUACUGUUACACCACCACCCACAACAACAGAGACACCUAUACCCACAACUACUACUUUUAUACCAUCCACAACAACAGAAACACCUAUAACCACUUCUACCGCAACAACUGUAACAUCACCACAAUCAACAACAGAGACACCAACAAUCACAACUACUACUGUAACACCACCCACAACGACAGAGACACCAACAACCACUUCUACCACAACUACUAUAACAUCACCGCCCACAACAACAGAGACACCUAUAACUAUGUCUACCACUACAACUGUAACACCUACUACAACACCUGAAACCAGUUACUGUAGGUGGUCAGACUGGAUUGACAGCAACACACCAAGCAAAGAAACCAGCGGUUUUGAAAUUGAAUCCAUCGGUGCAUUGUGGAAUUCAAGAAACAUUACCUGUCAGAGUCCUGAAGGUAUUAUAUGUAGGGCAGUAGAAUAUCCAAACAACUCUUUGGCAGAUUUAGGACAAAGAGUAAACUGCAAUACAUCUUUUGGACUGUCAUGUUCAAAUGAAGAAAACGCAGAUCUUCUGCCACCUUUUUGUUACAAUUAUGAAAUUAGUGUAAAAUGUUGCAAAAACAAAACAACCCAAAGUACAUCAACGCAAACACCUACAACAACUACUGUAAAACCACCACCCACAACAACAGAAAUACCGACUAUCACAGCAACUACUGUAACACAAACACCAACAACAACAGAGACACCAACAACCAAAACUACUACUGUAAUACCACCCACAACAACAGAAACACCAACUAUCACAGCAACUACUGCAACACACCCACCCACAACAACAGAGACACAUACAACCACAAUUACUACUGUAAUACCACCCACAACAACAGAGACACAUUCAACCACAACAACUACUGUAACACCACCCACAACAACAGAAACACCGACAACCACAACUUCGACAAUAAUACCACCCACAACAACAGAGACACCUUCAACCACAAAUACUACUGUAACACCACCACCAAAAACAACAGAGACACCUACAACCACAACUUCUACUGUAAUACCACCCACAACAACAGAAACACCGGCAACCACAACUUCGACUAUAAUACCACCCACAACAACAGAGACACCUUCAACCACAAAUACUACUGUAACACCACCACCCACAACAACAGAGACACCGACAACCACAAUGUCGACUAUAAUACCACCCACAACAACAGAGACACCGACAACCACAAUGUCGACUAUAAUACCACCCACAACAACAGAGACACCUACAACCACAACUACUACUGUACCACCACCACCCACAACAACAGAGACACCGACAACCACAAUGUCAACUAUAAUACCACCCACAACAAAAGAGACACCGACAACCACAAUGUCGACUAUAAUACCACCCACAACAACAGAGACACCGACAAUCACAACUAUGACUAUAAUUCCACCCACAACAACAGAGACACCUUCAACCACAACACCUAUUGUAACACCACCACCCACAACAACAGAGACACCAACAACCACAACAACGACUGUAAUGCCACCCACAACAACUGAGACACCUAAAACCACAAUAACUACUCAAACGCCUACACCCACAACAAAAGAGACACCUAUAACCACGAUUACUACUGUAAUACCACCCACAACAACAGAGACACCAACAACCACUUCUACCACAACUACUAUAACACCACCGCCAACAACAACAGAAAAAACAACUAUCACUGUAACUACUGUAACACCACCACCUACAACAACAGAGACACCAACAACCACAACAACGACUGUAAUACCACCCACAACAACAGAGACAAUCACAGGAACUACUGUGACACUACCAACAACAACAGAGAAACCAACGACUACUACUGCAACACUACCACCACCAACAAAAACAGAGACACCAACUAUCUCAGCAGCUACUGUAACACCACCCACAACAACAGAGACGCCUACAACCAAAACUACUACUGUAAUACCACCCACAACAACAGAAACAAUCACAGCAACUACCUUGACACCACCACCAACAACAACAGAGAAACCAAUAACUACUAAUGUAACACCACCACCCACAACAACAGAGACACCAACUAUCACAGCAACUACUGUAACACCACCACCCACAACAACAGAGACACCUAUAACCACAAUUACUACUGUAAUACCACCCACAACAACAGAGACACCAACAACCACUUCUACCACAACUACUAUAACACCACCGCCAACAACAACAGAAAAAACAACUAUCACUGUAACUACUGUAACACCACCACCCACAACAACAGAGACACCAACAACCACAACAACGACUGUAAUACCACCCACAACAACAAAGACAAUCACAGCAACUACUGUGACACCACCAACAACAACAGAGAAACCAACGACUACUACUGCAACACUACCACCACCAACAAAAACAGAGACACCAACUAUCACAGCAACUACUGUAACACCACCCACAACAACUGAGACGCCUACAACCACAACUACUACUGUAAUACCACCCACAACAACAGGAACAAUCACAGCAACUACUGUAACACCACAACCCACAACAACAAAGACACCAACUAUCACAGCCACUACUGUAACACAACCACCCACAACAAUAGAGACACCUACAACCACAACUACUACUGUAACACCACCAGAGAACCCAACUAUCACAGCAACUACUGUGACACCACCAACAACAACAGAGAAACCAACAACUACUACUGUAACUCCACCACCAACAACAGAGACACCAACUAUUACAACAACUACUGUAACACCACCACCCACAAAAACUGAGACGCCUACUAUCACAGCAACUACUGUGACACCACCAACAACAACAGAGAAACCAACAACUAUUACUGUAACUACUGUUACAACACCCACAACAACAGAGAUGCCUACAACCACAACUACUAUAGUCACAUCUCCACCCACAACAACUGAGACACCCACAAUCACAGCAUCUACUGUAACACCCCCCACAACAACCACUGCUACAACAAUAACUGUAACCGCACGCAAAACAACAGAGACACCCACGACCCCGUUUAUUGUAUAUACUGAGUCAACAACGACCAUAAAAAAUACCCCAACACCUCAAGUUCAUUGUUGCAUGUACUCAAAUGAAACACACCCAGCUGAGUCUAUCAUCUACAAUAAAACAGACGAAGCGGGUUGGUGCUUCAUUACUUACUGCAACUCCUCAUGUGAAAUUCAGCAAUGGACUCAACCAUGCCAAACAUCCUCACCCCCUCCACACAUCACCCCUCCACACCCCAUCACACCCCCUUCACCAGACUGUAAAAAAGUCAACCGGAAGAAUGGAGAAUCCUGGACAGAAAAAUGUAGUAACAAUAUCUGCAUUAAUAGUAACGUUAUCUCAAAACCCAUAAAGUGUGACCAGGCCAAUCAUUCAAAAUGUGACAAUGGACUAAAACCAGAGCUGGUGUAUUAUAACAACGGCUGCUGUGCCAAAUACGAAUGUCCAUGUAAAUGCAGUGGCUGGGGCGACCCUCAUUAUAAAACCUUUGAUGGAAAAUACUACGCUUUCCAAGGAAACUGUACCUAUGUAUUGGUCAAAGAAAUCAUCCCAAAAUACAAUAUCAGUGUCCACGUUAAAAACUACUACUGUGAUGUAAAAAAUAAUCUGGCCUGCCCCGAGUAUGUGACAGUAUAUUACAAAUCUUAUGAAGUCAAGAUGACAAGCAACACUAAAGAAGUCCAGGUCUUUGUUAAUAAUGAGAAGAAAAUACUUACAUUCAUAAAUGAAGCCUUCACCAUCACCACAUCCGGCAUGGCAGUGGUUUUGAACAUCUCUGAAAUCCAAGCACAAGUUUUAGUAAAUCAUCAAGGCUUUGAGGUGAAACUUCCAUUUUCCUACUUCCAUGGUAACACAGAGGGACACUGUGGCGUUUGUGACAACAAUAUUGCAAAUGACUGCAGACUUCCUAAUGGAACGAUUCACAAAUCAUGUGAAGACAUGGCAAGACUUUGGAUGGUACCACCAGGUUGCAUUACCCCACCACCUCCACCACCAGGUCCAACUCCAGCUCCCAACUGCGGCAAAAUAUGUGAUGUCAUCAAAAGCGAUUUAUUCAAAAGCUGUCAUAAGAGUGUUCCUUAUGAAAGUUAUUAUGAAGCGUGCAAAUAUGAUGUGUGCCACAUGAGAAACGAAUCAAUCGCCUGCUCCAGUCUGGAGGCGUACGCUCAGAUGUGUGGUCAGGUGUCAGUCUGUGUCGACUGGAGAAAUUCAGCUAAUCUUACAGGACUUUGUGGCUACAAAUGCCCCAGUCACAAAGUAUACAAGGCUUGUGGGACUAAGACAGACAAAACCUGCAGUGCAUGGUACAAUAAUAAAAUUCUGGAUCAACCAUGCCAAAAUGCAGAUUGUCUUCCAACAUUAAUGGAAGGUUGUUUCUGUCCUGAUAACACGUAUCUGGUUAGUUCAACGACAGAUAAAUGCACAUCUUAUUGCGACUGCAUUGGCUCAGAUGGAUUACCUAAACAGCCCGGGGCUACGUGGAUUUCAGACUGUACCGUAUACACCUGCUCCAAUGAGACGUUUGGUCUUGUGAAAAAACCUGUUGAGUGUCCUGCUGUUGAAUCCUGCGCUAAUGAGUACAAAAUAGUUACUAAAAACUGCUGCCAAACCUGCGUUUGCGAUAUGGAGGUGUGCCUUAUGAAGAAAUGUGAGGUGGGAUAUGAGCUGGCAGCAAAUAAAACCGAGGACACCUGCUGCCCAACCUGUGUGCCCAAAGAUGUUUGUGUGUACAACAACACUGAGUACCAGCCCGGGGUCAAAAUUCCCACAGAUCCUUGCACUCAAUGUUCAUGUGAAAUGGAUGUAGAUCCAAAGACUAAGCUACAUACUGUACUUUGUGCUAGUGUGUCCUGUUCACCUUGCGAUAAGGGCUUUGAAAAGAUGACGGUGGAAGGAGAGUGUUGUGGAAUAUGUAAGCCAACAGGCUGCAUUUAUGAUGCACCAGACAACACCAGAACAAUUCUCAAGGAAGGAGACGUGUACAAGGACAAAUGUGAGAGCGUUUCCUGCCGUCAAAUGAAUGGUAGCUUUGUGAUAGAGAAGACCAUAACAAGCUGCCCUGCCUUUGAUCCGGAUGAAUGUGUCCCUGGAACGGAGACGCUUGACGCGGAGGGAUGUUGCAAGACAUGUCAGCCUAAGAACUGCGUUCGUGUGAAGAACACCACCCACAUCCAUGUCAAAGACUGCAUCUCCAUCGAGCCUAUAGAAGUGACAUCUUGCGAUGGCCACUGUGGCACCCAGUCAACGUAUUCAAUGGAGGCAAACAAAAUGAUGCACAGCUGUUCUUGUUGCCGAGAGUUGAAAACCAGCAUCAAGAAACUGAUGUUUAGAUGUCCCGACAACAGUGAGAUCUCUCACGACUACGUCUACAUAGAGAGCUGCAUCUGCAAACCAACAGAGUGUGAAGACAAGACGACCUCCGGAUAAUAUAUAAAAUAUCAAUAGCAUAAAUGACAUAAAUUACUUUGGUGAAAGUUUGCGCUGUCUGUACUGUUUAUCCUGCUUUUAUCACAUUAUCGUGCUGCCCUCUCCCCAAUGAAACUCCAGGGAGCUAAAGGGUAUUUUGAGAAUGGCAUUUCCUUUUCUGCUUUAUCCUGUACACUAUUACAAUAUAUAAUGGUAAUAUAAUGGUAUACUGUAUGUUUUCCUAAAUGAAUGAUGUAAUCAAUAAACCAAAUUAAGCAG